UUCAUGAGCACUCUCACUCUUACAAAAGUUUCUUUUUGAGGAAAAUAAAAUAAAUGAACACGUAGCUUAUGAAAGAGAAAAUAAGAAAAAAUUGGUCCAAUUCACCGAACGGCCCAACUCACUACGUCAAUAAUCUCGUGGCCCAAUCUCAAGGCAGCAGCAGAAUCCAAAACGGCAAGCGCGCUGCGCGCCCGCUCGCCUCCGCCUCGUCGUUUGAAUUUUGAACUCCCGAAUCCCGAAGAGGCGGCGCCUUGUUCGACGACAGAAAGGGGGGAAAGAGUCGAGUCUCGGCACCAUUUCGACUCCUCGUCUUCGGCGAGAAGCGCAGGCCACCUGCUCGACGCGAUGCCCAAGUCGCCGCCGCGCCGCCGAGCGGGCGAGGAGGGGGCGCCCGACCGCCUCAGCGCGCUCCCCGACGCGCUCCUUCACCGCGUCCUAUCAUCCGUCAAGGCGUGGGAGGUGGUACGCACCUGCGUGCUGUCGCGGCGGUGGCGCCACCUCUGGGCGUCCGCGCCCUGCGUCGACCUCCGCCUCCGUCCCGGCCGCGCCGACGGCGACGACGCGCCCGAGGAGUUCCCCCGCUUCGUGCGCCGCCUCUUCCGGCACCGCGAUGCGUCCGCGGCCGUGGACACGCUCCGCCUGCGGUCGAGCGACGUCGACGGCGCCUUCGAUGAGGACGACGCCAAGUCCUGGAUCCGUGCCGCCAUCAAGCGGAAGGAUCGAGUCGUUCAUCUGAUUGGACAUCGCAACGGCCUCGCGGGGUUGGAGCCCGCGGCGUUCGUCUCCAGGCACCUCAAGGUCUUGAAGCUGUCCUACGCCCAGGUCGACGACAACAUCCUCAGGCAGCUCUCUUCCCGGUGCCCAUCUCUGGAAGAGAUGGAUCUGAAGGAUUGCUUGAUUAUUUCUGGCCAUGAGAUUUCGUCCUCCACUCUGAAGACCUUGUCAAUGGUCAAAUGCAACAUGUUCUGGGGCCUCUCUAUCACUGCUCCCAACCUUGUACUGCUGCGCUGCGUUAAACCGAUCGGCCAAGCUCCAUCUUUUAAGAACCUGGGGUCGCUUGUUGCAGGCACAAUCAUACUUGAUGACUAUUGUUUGAGUGAUGAUUUCGAGGACUUCAGCAAGGACGAACUCGAUGAAACCACUGAUGACGAUGAAUCAGAUGAUUCCAGAGAUGAUGGGGUUGGUUAUCAUAAGAAUAGGAAACAAAAGAUUAAACCUAUGGUGAUAUUGAUGUCUGAUGAUGAUGAACUGGAUGGAGAUUCUGAUGAUGAUGACAGUGAUGAUGGUAAGAAAAGGAAGCGCAAGGCUGGAGCUGGAUAUGGAUUUGGUUUACCUCAGAAAAGACAUAGGCUGGGUGUUUGCAAGGAUGGGAACGAUUAUGGUAGUGAUAUUGAAAGUGAUGAUAACACCUUUGAAUAUAGUGACAUUGCAAAUGAUUGUGAUGUGUCUAGCUAUGAUGGCGUUGGCCAGAGUCCGGGAAAAGAUGGUAGCCGUUGGGUCUAUGGAGAAAAUUCUGGAUCCAAUGACAAAAAAGUUUUAGGUGGCCAAGAUGUUCUUCAAUGCCUUCUGAAUGCUACAAGUUUGGAGCUGCUUGCUGAUGCUGGAGAGGUGAUUCUUACUAGAGAACUGAAAAAUUGCCCAAGUUUUAGCAACCUGAAGACCUUGUCCCUCGGUGAAUGGUGCGUGGGUGCUGAUUUUGAUGCAUUAGUGUUCUUUCUGCAGCAUUCACCUAAUUUGGAGAGGCUUUUUCUUGAACUUAAACUGAACUCAAACUUCAGGAAGUCAUUGGAAACUGGUGUCAAACCAAAGGGAAGAUCUUUUGCUUGCAAACGCCUUCAAAUGGUGAAGAUCAAAUGCUCCAAGGAUGAUGUAAGAGUCCACAAGCUGGCACAUUUGUUCAGAGCUAAUGGUGUGCCAGUGGAGAAAAUUUUUGUCCGUCGAACUGGCAGCACAUAUCUCCGUGGCAAGAAGAUGAUGAAGGAUCUUGCCAGGCAUGAACUACAGUUCUGGGGGGAUGACUAAUAUCCAGUUAUCCAGCUAUCUUAUCAGAUGUUAAGCGAUUAGUUUAAUCAGUUUUUUGUUAGCAAACUUGUGAUUUGCAUUAGAGCUUGGAUUUCAGGAAGCACCGAUCUUGGUUGUGAAACUGUGAUACAGCGAUAUGAUGCUUUGUUUGGGUAAUAUGUAAGAUGGAGAACUUAUGUUUACCCAAACGUUGGAAGGUUCUUCUCUUUCCUGGUGAAUGAGUUAAGACGCA